AUGGAUCUAAUGAUGUGGGUUGAAGCGAAAAUCAGAGGUGAGUUUGCUACAGCGAGUCUUGCUAUUGAAUUUGAGGAACCAAGUAGAGGUAUCCCCGCAAGCAAAACCAUGUGUGUCCCGAGUCUGUCAAACCUUGAAGGCCAAGCUGAAACUGAGGAACCGACGGAAAUGCUCAGUGCAAAUAAGAGGAAGAUUCCUCAGAUAUUUCGCACCUGCUGUGAGUAA